AUGGCGCCUCGUCAGGGAGGCUACCUGCGCGUCCCCGGACAGGAGGAGCACUAUUCUCAGCAGAAUCAACAGCAAUCAUCGCCCCGCCGCAGCCGCUCCGGCUCCGCUGGCCGGCGAAAGAAGCCGUUGCCAAGUGAGAAGCCGCUCCCGGCCCUCCCCCCACUGACGUCCACCCACACGGCGGGCUUCGUCGACGUCGACCUCACCGGCGGCAUCGUUAACACGCCCAGCAGCCGCCGCCGUGCCACCAUUGCCAUCGCCUUGGCCCUCGCCGUUGUGGGGUGCAUGCUCGCCUUCGUCGUCCUGGGCUUCGCUUGGGACGGCGGCAGCGUGCAGAGGGGUCCUGGCUUGCUCGGCAGCCUGAAGAAUCUGGACGACUGCCCCUGCAGGCCGGACGACAAUGUGCCGCAGUACUUCCGGACGAGCCCCGAAUUAUGGGCCGGUCCGACAGCGACUGGGAAGCCUGCCUUCAUGGCGCAGACGAGGGUCCUGCCGACGGGGACGUAUGUGCCGAACCAGCCGUUGCAGACGGAUAUCCCGAUCGAGGGCAUGGGGAGUAAGAAUGAAAGCAUUUUCAACAUGAUGGGGUUCCUCACGCCGUACCAGCCGAGUCCCGGGUUCGGAGUGGAUGAGUACGCCUUACCUCCUGGGGCAGAUAUUGUCCAAGUUCAGAUGCUUUCCCGGCAUGGCUCCAGGUAUCCAACCACCGGAUCUGGUGUUGCCAGUUUCGGAGAGCGCAUUGCCAAAGCUGGAAAGACGCUCAAGGCGAAGGGAGUCUUGGAAUUCCUAAACAACUGGAAGUAUCAGCUAGGCCACGAGAUCCUGGUACCUAAGGGACGCCAGGAACUGUUUGAUUCUGGCAUUCUGCACUCAUACAUGUACUCUUCCUUGUACAAUCCCAACAGCAAGAUCAUCGUGCGGACCACUACACAGGACCGAAUGCUGAAAUCAGCCGAAUAUUGGCUGGCUGGUUUCUUUGGUCUGGAGUGGACCAACAACGCCACCAUCGAGGUUAUCAUCGAACAAGACAGGGCCAACAAUUCGCUUGCUGGGUAUUUGAAUUGCCCCAACGCCCGCAAGCAUAACGGAGGCAACGAUGCUGCCAAGGUCUGGAUCUCGAACUAUCUGACUAACGGUAAGCCUGACAUUGCGUUGCCAUUCAAGAAUUCGCUGACGCCUUCAGCUACUGCUCGUCUGCGGGACAUGGCAGAUGGAUAUGACUGGACCAUCGACGACACCUAUGCGGCUCAGACCAUGUGCCCCUACGAGACUGUAAGGGUUGUUGUGAAGGGCGUAGUCGGGGACAAGUUGGCUAACUCGCAUCAGGUCGCCUACGGUUUCAGUCGGUUCUGCGAUCUGUUUACCUACGAGGAGUGGGUGGGAUUCUCGUAUUCUAUUGACCUCAUGUUCGCCGGCAACAACGCCUUCCAGAACCCUGCAGGUCGCGCCGUGGGUAUUGGAUACCAACAAGAAGUCAUCGCUCGCCUCCAGAACCACACCCUAGGCUACUCGGGGUCGCAGAUUAACGUCACACUGGACAACAACACUGUCACCUUCCCGCUGAACCAGAGCCUCUACUUCGACUUUUCACACGACACGAACAUCGCCUCCAUCCUCACGGCCUUCGGGCUGAAGCAGUUUUCGCAGCUGCUCCAGCCAACCCAGUACCCGGGCCCGCACAACUUCACGGUCUCGCACAUCACGCCAUUUGGGGCGCGUCUCGACAUCGAAAUCAUCAAGACGCCCAAGCCGUUCAAGGCCGACCGGUCGGGCUACGAUGAGAAUGGCGGGGAGACCAAGUACGUCCACUUCAUCCUCAACCAGAGGACAGUGCCGCUUGGGUGGAGCUUCCCCGAGUGCGACGUCGAGAGGAAGGACGGGUGGUGCGAGUUUGAGACGUUCUUGCAGGUGCAACAGGAAAUGCCCGAGUUGGCGGACUAUGACAAGGCGUGUCAUGGGGAUAUCGAGACGGUGCCGUAUGGGGUUGUGUACGAUGGCAGGCCCAUGUAA